UUAUCUAGCUUCCUUUCGUCCUCUCUUUAUGAGGGUGAGGAUAAUCAGCCCCGUCUCGUCCCAUCUAGUCUAAAACGCUCUUCCGACCGACUAAAAACGUGGGUUAUCUUUCAUGAGAUGGCAAAAGCAGAGUUUAUGAAUUGGUGGAUUGAGACCCAGAUUGGGGGUGAUGAGACAACACAGAAGAAGGUACAAUGGGAUGGAAAAAAGCAAAACAAAGACCUUUGGUCCCAUUUUGACCAGGUAGCCCACUAUAAGACUGGGGAGCCUAGGGUUAUCUGCAAUAGUUGUGGAAAGACCUUUUAUCAUCCAAACUUUGCAAAGAAUGGAUCUCGGAUUGGCACCAGUUCCCUCCGAAGACAUCUACCUACUUGCGGAAAGCAGACAAAGCAAGGAAAACAGCCAAAUAUUCAGCAUAUUAUGCAAAACGCGGCCCUUCGCUUACCCCGUUCCUCCCAAUCCUUUACCGACACACAAUGGCAAGAGCAGCUGAUUAUAACUAUUACUACCCUUCGUCUUCCGUUCCAAAUUGUUGAACAGCCUGCUUUCCAAAACCUUAUUCGAUUAGCCCGAUUAGCGCCUAUAGACCCUGAAUUUCCUUCUAGAAGGACAAUUCAACGUCGACUUCAGACGAUAACCAAAGAUCGGCAGAAAGACGUACUUCAAAAGCUUCCACCGCAGACAAAAAUAUCAAUCAGCCUAGAUUGCUGGACACCACCCUUUCAAUAA